GCCAUCUUUUUAUUGGUUAUGUUUACAUACCCUGGGCUAUAAACAAAUGCAAAAUGCCGAAUGUUUUGGCUACGUGUUGCGUUUGCCUGAAACAAUGCUUGUAUUUUCAACGGGUGAUGGAUCGCGAUCAAGGCGACCUGCAAUACGUAGACAAACUGAAAAUUUUCGCCCCGAACGAGGUAUGGUGCGAGGAAUUUAAUUUGUGCAACGACUGCGUCGAGAAGCUGGACGCGGCUUAUGAUUUCGUGCAGACCUGUUUGAAAAACGAAGAGUACCGCAAGGAAAAACUCAAGCUCAAAGAAGUGAAAAUCGAGGAAUCGGCUCCCUUCGUGUGUGAUGACUGUGGUAAAGGUUUCAAACUAAAGAGAACGUUGAACCUUCACAUAACCCGGAUACACGUCAAGCCCAAAAGGAGCGUCAAACAGGAAUCGAGCCACGUAAACCUGAAAGAAGAGGCUGAAUUAGAUAACGGCGACUACAAGCUGGAAAUACCGGAGAAAUAUGAGUUGCAAGAGUUUGAAAAUGAUAUCGCGGAGACGGGCAGCAACUACUCCAGCGAGGAAGAGAAUAAGGACGUCCGAAAGAUGAUGUUGGGCAAGAAAAGGGGCCUGCGGAAAAACAAACAACCUCAGAAGUGUGAGUACUGCGAGCUCGCAUUCACGCGGACCGACAAGUACACCAUACACGUGAGGUCGAAACACACGUUCGAGAAGCCUUACAAGUGCGACCUGUGCGACGCGAAAUACUUUAGCAACCACAAUUUGGCGAUUCACAAGCGCAAACAUACCAACGAGAAGCCUUACGUUUGCUCGGCGUGCGGGAAAAGUUUCAUAUCGUCCAAUGAUCUGUGGCAGCACAGCAAGAUACAUGAAGUCAUUAGGCAGUACAAGUGCGGCGAAUGCGAGCGUUGCUUCAAAACUCACAGCAAUUUACGGACGCACAAGCUCCAAAUGCACUUGGACCCGGCGCUGUGGAAGUUCGUGUGCACGGUGUGCGGAAAAAAGUUCCCUCUAAACAACAACCUAAUAAAGCACAUGCGCAGACACGAGGGCGUCAAGCCGUUCGUCUGUCAUUUGUGCGAGAAACGGUUCGUCGAGAAGAUCGACCUGCAGAUGCACCUACUGAGCCACUCCAACGAGCGACUGUUCAAAUGUAACCUGUGCGACAAGGACUACAAGAAAAAGGAGACGUUGCGUCGACACCUUAAGCUCGAACACGACGUGGGGAACAUCAAGAUCAAGAAACCGGAAAAGAAGCUAAUGUGCCCAAGGUGUCCGAAAGUGUUCGCCUUCAAUAACAAGCUGCAGAGGCACCUGUUGACCCACACGGGCGAGAAACCCAUCAAAUGCGACUACUGCGAGAAGAGGUUCCGGGAUAACUACGACAGAAAUGUGCAUUUAAGGAAAGAGCACAACUUGGAACCUCUUAGGAAUUAUUAAAUGACUGUAAAUGUUUUUUUUUUUAAUUCACUAUCAUAAGCGCCGCUUUUUGGGGGAGACUGCGUGUGAACUGCAAAGGAGAGGAAAGCGGGGAUUGUUACCACUGACAGGGUUAUAUUUAAAACAUCUGUAAUUUUAGUUGUUUUAUUGAAAAAUUACCUUAUUUCUAGCAACAAACAUAUAAAAAUCUAUGGUGUACAAUAUCACAUGGGCAAAUAUUCUACUAUCAAACCCAACGCGCUUUCAGGCUGUCGCAACUAUCUGGAUAAGAAAUUUACGUCACUUUGUUUUGUGAAUAAAUAUAGUCCAAACCGGUCUUAUAUUAGCGGGUUUUAGGAUUUAUCAACUUUCACACUUUGGUUUUUCUUUCAUUUUGUUUAACUAUAAUGUUGUUGUAGUCUAUAAAAAGUGUCAAAAGGAGCGGCAUGACAAUAUGAACGGGAAAACGGUUAAAAGAGAGCUAAAAGAAAAACUGAUACCAAAUUUCUAUUAGACAACUCAGCAUUUAGUUCAAAGAAUUUUAAAAAACUACGUAUUUCCUCUUGGCAUAAAUAUAGUACUGCAACAAAAUAAAAAAGGGACUCGUGGGAUCUAAAAUGAAUACUGGAUGUCGAAGUAGCACAUAACGAUAAACAGUUUACUUCAUUUAUACUUUUUAGUAUUCCUAUAUUAUGAAUAUUAUUUUAUUUUAUCCAAAAUUUCCUGUACAGUUCUUAAACUGACUCCCACUGUUUUUGCUACUUCUACAUAAUUAGUAAUCUUUGGCUUGCGUGAUAAGACUGGAUUAGACUACAACGUUAAACUUAUUUUAUAUCUGAGUAAAGCUUUAUAAAAUUGUAUAAAAAGUAACGGUGACGACAUGAGACUCGAAUGAGAUCGUAAGGUUCGAUUUGUUGAUAAACUAAAACCUAUCGAUUUCCAUUGCAGAGUUGUAGCCCUCCCGAUUGCGACUCGAACUAAACAAUGAAAAACGCGAUUUAUUUAGCCUCCGUUGUGCCCAAUGCAAAAUCAAUUCGACCUUAACAAUCCACCCAGACCAAAUUUCCCGAUUUCGAGUUAGACGGUUGCAUGCUGUCGAAAAUAAAAAAGUGGGGUUAAGAUUUUGCCGCUCGUCGACACCACCGACACGGAAAGCAAGUUAACCCAACCACCUAAAAACGCAUUUUCAGAACUACGUCGCGUCGCCAGCGAUACCAAUUGACAAGCAAUACAUGGUUUAUUAUUACUAAUCCUAAUAAAACAACUCCAUUGAGAAUCGUAUUUGCUUACAAAUCUGGUUUCCUCCUGCGUCGGUUUUUGGUGAGUCGAACUUGCUAACGUUUCACCAAUCAAUUUGUUAGCGCUUCUUCAGAAGUUAAGCAAAACUGACUGACUCCCAUAUUGGUGCCAUUAAGAUUAUUUGGUUGUUUAUGGAUUUCUAUGGAUUCUCGGAUUUUUUGAAAAUUUCAGAAGGAUUCUUGACCAUGAGACUAAAUAAAAUCUCGUUUCUAUAAUUUUGGUUUUAGAUGGAAGAUAAAAAGUUCGAAUUAGUUCCAUUGAAAUAAGAAGGUUUGAUUCUAGGUGAUUUUAAUAUAUCUAAGUUGAGAGUUUGAGGAAUCGGGGGCUUUGAAAAAGAGGGACUCUACGUCUAAUGUCAUGGUUUUUAAUUGUUUAAUUAAGUGAAAGGAUUUAAAAUUGCAUUACAGUAGCCUGGGAAAAUUUAUUUGAAAAAUUAACUUUAACUUUAACAUUUGUAGUUGUUGGUAAUAUCUGUUAUCUAUAAUUAUAUGAUGCUUUCAAAUACAUAAUAAUGGGUACGUUGACUUUACAUGGAACGAAAUAGACUUUAGUGGAAGAAAUAAGAAACAAUCCUUAUAAACAGUGUUCGGUUUUGAUUUAAACCUCUUAUUUAUUUUUAUUUGGUAUUAAUAUUAUUAUUUGAUUUAGAAUUUUUUGAUUUCUUUUUAGGAAAAGGCUUUUCUGCUUCAUGCUUCAAGAUUUCUCUGUUUUCUUUAAUUUAAUUUUCAUACUACUAGCAGUCUAUCGUGUCGCAUUACUGCUUUUUAUAUCUAAUAAACGCACCAAAACUAAAUUUUGGGAAAAAAAGAACGCUCUCGCGCGUUGACUAUUAAGCCAACAACAUGUACCAGUUUUCCACCAUAAUUGGACUAAGAUCUCAUUCUGGGACCCCGGACUCUUACCAUAGUGAUACUGGUAAGUAUAACGAUUUUCAUUUAACAACUGCGUUUCUACAAAAGUGUCCUUAAUAAAUAGAAAAAAAAAAACGAAAUACAA